ACACUACAAACAGCUGUUUGUGCAAAAGAAAACAAUACAUCUUUGGUGCCGUAUAUUGAAUUUUAUAUUCAUUUUUAGACUGCACUCUUUUAUUUAUUUACGCUAAACAACACGCAUUUAGUUUUGUAUUCCAAUAGUUUGAUAACGAAAAGAUGUGGAAUUUAAAACAUACUGCGGCCCAUUUAUAUCGACAAUAUGAGCUGAUUACUUGCAUCAAUAUGUUUGAGCCUUGGGAAAAGAAACUAAUAAAUGGUUUUGUCUUGAUUAUGUUUAUACUUUUGAUGUUCUCAAGCUAUGUCUACUUGCCCACUUAUAUGGAUACUUUGCUGGAAGUGAUAACACCAAAAACUUGGAUAAGUCCAUCGGCAGAUUCUUCAUAUGUGCCGCAAAGAAUGAGCAGUUUCUAAAACUUUGGUGACUCUUCAAUCCGCUUAAAACAACAUGCACAUCGAUACGAGUAUGCAUUCACUUGAGCAAUUGAAAGACAGCUAGAAUUUAAUGAAAACAUUUUGUGAUUUACUUUAACUGUAUCAAAAUUUGUAAAUAUUUUAAAGUGCCAAUGUAGAAUCUAUUUGCCCA